GCUGAGAGUCUGAGACAUAGCGCAGCGGAGCAACUCUAGGAGUUUGGGAGAGAGAUAAGCGGAGCUGCUUCAAUGGCGGACAAGGGGAGCAAAGCCAGGAAGGAGGAGGUCGUCACCAGAGAGUACACUAUCAAUCUCCAUAAACGCUUGCAUGGAUGUACUUUCAAGAAGAAGGCUCCCAAUGCCAUAAAGGAAAUCAGGAAGUUUGCCCAAAAGGCAAUGGGAACAACUGAUGUUAGGGUUGAUGUGAAGCUCAACAAACACAUCUGGAGCCGAGGAAUCCGAAGUGUUCCAAGGAGAAUCCGUGUUCGCAUUGCACGAAAGAGAAAUGAUGACGAAGAUGCGAAGGAGGAGCUUUACUCAUUGGUCACUGUUGCCGAAAUUCCCCCAGAGGGACUCAAGGGGAUGGGUACUUCAAUCAUUGACGACGAUGAAGAGUGAAUAACAUCCUCUAGGAGAUUUUAAAACAUCUACAGUUUUGUUUGUUGAAUAUUCUAAAGGUGGUGUUGUUCAAGUCUGUUGAAUACUCUUAUUUUGCAGUCUAUGACUCUGUCACAUCCUAGACUUUUGUUGUUUGGGUGUUUAUCUUAUUUAUGCAUUUAGCUUUGUUAGAUGCUUAUUAUGUGUCCAUUACAUUCUGCCUUUUAUAUCUGUUGUUUAAAUUUGAUGCUACUGUUAAGCUCUGGAAUUUGGUUAAGAUUUGAAACAUCAGCUCAUUUAGACUCUUCUAGUUGAGACA